UCGCUCAGAGGGUUGCAGUAGGACCCCCCCCCUCCCUCCCCCCCUUUCUCCUCCUCCCUCGUCUUCUCCCCAUCCACCGUCUCUUCUUUUCAUCAUUUGGAUUAACUUGCAAGAGAAACGCCGCGCCGUGCUCGUCCGAGAGAGGGGGGGUCUACUCGGCCGGCCACUUGGAUGCAUUGUUCGUCUCCCAAAAUGGUUUGCGAGACUAAAAUAGUGGCGGACGAACACGAUGCUAUACCGGGGAGCAAAAAGGAGCCCAUGAUGUGGAGCGCCGGCGCCACUUCGUCCGCGUCCGUCGAGGCCAAGGACGUGAGGCGGGACGCAGUGUUCAUCCGCGAGUUCGAGCGCGGCGACCAGGAGGAGGUGCGGCGCAUCUUUUACGAAGGGAUCAUGGAGAGGAUACCCAACACGGCGUUUCGGGGGCUCGGCCAGCAACCCCAAACUCAGUUUUUGUACGUGCUUCUCACAGUGAUGUGCUUUUUCGUGACCAAAUCCCUGAUGCUGACCUGCUGCGCGCCGCUCGCGCUCAUGGGCGCGCGAUAUUACUACAGCGGGAAAGUCAUUCACGGUUACCUGGACCACGCCCUGCACACGGACAUGGCCGACAUAGAGGCGUAUUACAUGAAGCCCGCAGGUUCCUGCUUCUGGGUGGCAGUGCUGGACGGACGCGUCGUGGGCAUCGUGGCGGCGCAGGGCCGCGAGGACGACAACGCGGUGGAGCUGCGCCGCAUGUCCGUGGAUUCUCGCUACCGCGGCAAAGGCAUCGCCAAGGCCCUGGGUCGACGCGUCCUGGAGUUCGCCGUGCGCAACAACUACGCGGCGGUCGUCCUGGGCACCACGGCGGUCAAGAUGGCCGCGCACAAGCUGUACGAGUCACUGGGUUUCCGACGAACUGGCCAGAGCGAGGACUACAGGCUCCCCGGGAUGAGUCGCUCACCGGCGGAGAGGCUCUUCUUCCAGAUCCGGUACAGCCGGUACCGCCUGCAGCUCCGUGAGGAGUGAGAGGUAGAGAGAGAUGCAGGAGAGAGAGAGAGAGAGAGAGAGAGAGAGAGAGAAGAGAGAGAGAGAGAGAGAGAGAGAGAGAGAGAGAGAGAGAGCAACCGCCCCUUCCUCUCCUCUGACGGCUUUUAUUUAUUUGAGUUGACAUCAUCAAUAACUUUAAAAUCACUAACAUUUAUCAUCGCCAAACAAUUCCAUUGUCGUUGCAUUUUGUCCCAUUGUUUCACAUUUCAGAUGAUCCCCCCCCCCCCCCCCUCCGUUUGUAUAUAAUUCAUCUUUUUUUUUGGUACCAUUCCGAAUAGAAACUGGCGGCAGAAUUUCUAUUAGCCCCAUUCAUCGGUACGACUUGGCGCGGGGGGGUGGGGGGGGGUCUCCCUCCGUCAAUCAUAUUUGUGCGCGAUUGUGUGCAUUGUUCACACGUGACACUUUACUAACGCAGCGAGCGAGAAAAAUUCAAUACGGCGAGCCGUCAUUCAAUCACCCACGCGCAAACGUUUACGCUGCAAAUACUCCCAAGCUCAACUAUGGGAAGCCGAGGAAGAAAAAUGGAUGAAUCGCGAGAGCGCUUGGAGGGGGAGGUCGAGGUCAUCCUCGGCUGAGCUGCAACACCGGGGCGGCAGCGGCGUAGACAGACAGCGGAAUCGCGACAUGAACCCCAAAUUGCGCAGCUAGCCGACGGAGGGAGGCUGAAAAGCCCAACGAUCUGUCAGUCCUUUGAAGGCACCGUCUUUUGCCGAGCAGUGGCCGUAGCUACGCGGAAUAAACGAGAGCUUACAUAUCACUCUUCAGAGAGAGAAAAAAAAAAAAACAAAAACAUGUACAUGCGUCGUGGGAAAGUAGUAAUUGGCAUGUUCUACCUCCAUCUGGAGGGAUUUUACCUACACAUGGUCCAUUUGGAACCUGUUUAGGGGUCUCGCAUACUUUUUGCUAUUCGCACUGUCCCAACUGAGCGUUUCGCGUCAUCUUUUGUCACGCCGGUCAAGGAGGACGGAGACAUUUAAUAUGCAAAACCAAAAAACAACAAAAGCGACAUCUCGAGGGUGGCGUGUGACAAGACUGGAACGGUACACGAUUUUGUACUUUUUAACCGGCGGCAGCGCGGGGGAAGCGGUCAGAUCGGGGGUCAGAAUUUCAGCUGUGGUCUUCCUGGGUGGACUUUGGAUGUUCGCCAUCAUACCCGGAGAAAAGCCACACGAGCGCAAA